AAUAGCCCUGCUGUAAACUUGAGAGAAGCUUCAGCUUUCGGUUCAGGAGCUGUUCAGCUUGCUCAUGGCCACGAUGCCUCUGGAAGAGGAAGAUCUGGUUCUUCUGGAUGAAGCGGAGGAUACUGUCUGUGCAGGAGUAUCUUCCAGAUUCCCAGAAAUCAUGUCAGUAGGAUCACAGUCCUUCUCCCCAGGAGGUCCUAAUGGGAUUAUCAGAAGCCAAUCUUUUGCUGGCUUCAGCGGUCUUCAGGAAAGGAGAUCCAGGUGCAACUCCUUUAUUGAAAAUUCCUCUGCACUCAAGAAACCUCAGGCGAAAGUGAAGAAGAUGCACAAUCUGGGACACAAAAGUGGCAGCACCACUAAGGAGCCUCAGCCUGAAAGAAUGGAAGAAGUCUAUAAGGUCCUAAAGAAUGGACUGGAUGAAUAUCUGGAAGUGCAUCAAGCAGAACUGGAUAAGUUAACUGCUCAGUUAAAGGACAUGAAAAGAAACUCACGUCUGGGAGUGUUAUAUGAGCUAGACAAGCAAAUGAAAGCAAUUGAAAGAUAUAUGAGAAAGCUGGAGUUUCACAUCAGCAAGGUAGAUGAGCUCUUUGAAGCUUAUUGUAUCCAAAGACGACUCCGUGAUGGUGCCAGCAAAAUGAAGCAAGCGUUUGGGUCCUCCCCUGUCAGCAAGGCAGCUCGGGAGAGUUUGUCAGAAAUCAACAAAAGCUACAAAGAAUAUACCGAGAACAUGUGCACUAUUGAAGGAGAACUGGAAAAUUUAAUGGGGGAAUUCUGCAUCAAGAUGAAAGGUCUGGCUGGCUUUGCUCGACUUUGCCCUGGAGACCAAUAUGAGAUUUUUAUGCGGUAUGGCCGUCAGAGAUGGAAACUGAAAGGCAAAAUAGAAGUCAAUGGCAAACAAAGCUGGGAUGGAGAAGAAAUGAUCUUCCUUCCUCUUAUUGUUGGACUGAUCUCCAUUAAGGUCACAGAAGUUAAAGGCCUUGCUACUCACAUUCUGGUGGGAAGUGUUACCUGUGAAACAAAAGACUUGUUUGCUGCUCAGCCUCAGAUUGUUGCUGUGGACAUCAAUGACCUUGGAACAAUAAAGUUGAAUCUGGAGAUCACUUGGCAUCCGUUCGAAGUCGAGGACAUGGCCUCAUCUGCAGGCAGCACAAACAAAGCUUCUGCUCUCCAAAGAAGGAUGUCCAUGUAUAGUCAAGGCACUCCAGAAACACCAACCUUUAAGGACCACUCAUUCUUUAAAUGGUGGCAUCCUCCGCAAGACAGGCUCCAGUUUUCCAUUGUAGAUGCUCUGCAGGACACUUUCUUUGACAAACUGCGCCGUAGUCGCUCAUUUAGUGAUCUGCCAUCUCUCAGACUGAGGCCUAGAACAGGGCUAGAACGCUAUUCAAAUUCUCCAGAUGAUGUCUUUGAAAAUGGGACAACGGGCAAUGAGAAAAGGUCCUUAUCUUUCAGUUUCACUGAUAUCCCCAACGGAUACUGCACAAUGUCAUCGAGUUCAAUAGGUUCCUCCUCUGCCAUAGAUCGUUCUAAUCCUGAAAUUACUGUCACACCCCCAGAAUAUGAGGGACAAAAGUUACCAAAAACUCUGAAUGUCGACAAUAUCAGUGCAAGCUCACCUGUGGACUCUACACCUGAAUCCUCAGACUUAAAAUCUCCAGAGCUUGUGCUAGUCAGUGAUGAGAAGAAGACUUCAAGUGUCGAUUCAGAAGUUUGCCAAAAGUCUCCAUGUCUCAGAAGCAACAGUGUGUUCUUAGAUAAUAGUGCCCCGGUAUCACUCCUUCAGGAUACGGAUGAAUUAUCAGAGCUCAAACCAGUGGAAUUGGAUACUUUUGAAGGCAACAUCACUAAGCAGCUGGUUAAAAGACUCACUUCAGGAGAAGGUCCGAUGACACCUGAAAAGCUGUACUGUGAGGGGUCCAUAAGCAGUGAAUCUGAAGGUUAUAAAUCCUGUGUUGAUGGAAGUCUAGAAGAAGCAUUGCAAGGGCUCAUUCUAGCACUUGAGCCUCAUAAAGAGCAGUAUAAAGAAUUUCAGGAUUUGGACCAAAAAAUAAUAUGCCUGGAUGAAAUUUUAAAGUGCAGACCAGCAGUAAAUCACAGCAGAUCAUCCAGUUUAAGCCUCACGGUUGAGAGUGCAUUGGAGAGCUUCGAUUUCCUCAACACCUCUGACUUUGAGGAUGAUGCUGGUACAGACGAGCUUUGCAGUGGUGGCCGAGGUGCAGACUCUGUGUUCUCUGAUACUGAGGUGGAGAAAAACAGUUACAGGUCAGAACACCCAGAAGCCAGAGGGCAUCUCAGCGAAGCACUAACAGAAGACACAGGCGUUGGUACCAGUGUAGCCGGAAGCCCUCUUCCCUUGACAACAGGGAAUGAAAGCCUCGACAUCACCAUAGUGAAGCACUUGCAGUCUUGCACGCAGCUUAUCCAGCAAAUUCUCUUCUCCAGCAAAACUCCAUUUGUAACAAGAUACCUCCUAGAUAAACUAUCUCAACAAACUGGAGUGAUUGAGAGUCUUACAGAGAUUAGCAAUGAUAAUAUGGGGAACUUCAGACCUGUCAGUGAAGCUAUUCCAGACUUUCAGAAAAAAAUCUCCCUACUUUCCUUCUGGAACAAAUGUACCAAUUCUUCUGUGCUAUAUCACACCUCUGCAGACAAGAUGAUGAAACAGUUGGAUGCUAUGUUUGUUGCAGCUGUGAACAAUGAGUAUCCAGGACUUGCAGAAACAGUAUUCAAAACCUUGGUGUCCCACAUCUUGGACCGAGUGGAGCCUGUCCUGGUUUCUAGCCUGUCAUCAGAAGUCAUCACAGUUUUUCAGUAUUACAACUACUUUGCCAGUAAAAAUGUUAGUGAUCUGGCAAAUUAUUUGCUUCAGCUUGCAAGAGAAGCUUUGAUAGUGCAGACUCUACAGUCCCUGAGAGAUGAAAAGGUCUUGCAGAAUAAGAUUGACUUAACCACCAUCAGCCUCCCACCUCAGCAAGAAGUGCUGAAAUCGCUGGCUCUCCUCCUCCUGACUGAAAAUAAAAAGCAGACCUAUGAUGCUGUGGUAUCAGUUUUGUCUGCUACAGCAGCAGAAGACAAGAACUUCAGGGAAAAGGCUUUAAUUUAUUAUUGUGAAACUCUUGCACAGCCCAACCUUCACCUACAGAAAGCAGCUUGCCUAGCACUGAAAUGCCUCCAGGCAACAGAAAGUAUUAAAAUGCUGGCCACACUUUGCCAGUCUGACAAUGAAGAUAUCAGGAAAGUAGCCUCUGAAACGCUGCUGUCUCUUGGAGAAGAUGGACGACUGGCAUAUGAGCAACUAGAUAAAUUCCCCCGAGAAUUUGUGAAAGUUGGUGGGCGACGUGCAAAUGAGGUGGCCACCGCCUUUUAAGUAUUUCAUCUAUGUAUUAAUAUAUUGCAGCCUCAACAGCUGGUCAUCUUAAACAGGAUGGUGCUGUAGCUCAACUGCAAAAACAAAACUCUUCUGAAGAAUGCUUUGAAACUCAUCGACUCACCAAUAGGCAAGAAAGAGCGGGGCGGGGAAAUGAGGGAUCUCACCUGUGGGCUACAAUUGGUUAUUUGUAGCAUAUCUUGAAACAGCUUUUGUCAAAGAUCUGAUUAUUUUGCUUUUGAGUGAAUCUAUGUGGUUGCUGUAAAUCAGCCUCAGGAAACAGGAAAGAUGUUUUGAAAUAAUAAUUGAGGCAUUUCCAAUUGAAUUUGGUGCUUGCUUUGUGGGCAUUAUUGUGUUGAUUUGAAACAUGUGAUGCUCCCUUUAAAAGAGUGUAAGCAAAAUGAGUGGAAAUUUUUAAAGCCAUCCUAACUUCUUCCUGUGCUGAGCCUCUGCUGCCUUUUCCCUGUAUUUCCCUGCCAGAUUUUAUUAUUAGUAGGCAAGUUGAGUAUGAAUAGUCUUCAAAUAAUGACCUGCCUCCAGAAACAGCAGGAUUUAAAUUCCAAAAGGCAUCAAUUCUCUGACUCAUUCUAGAUUUCUAUUCUUGCUUUUUCCUGCCCUCCAGUAAUGGACUAUCAUUAAUCCCAGAACAUUUUCUUUAAUUGUCAAGUUGUUGUAUGGGUGAUUUAAAACAAGUGUUGAGUUUAAAUGUGCCCCCUUUUCCAGAAAGGACAAAUGGUUGCAAUAUACUUUAGCAUCUAAGUGCACAGAAGACAGCUCCCUCCUCCAAAGUUUCAAAAGAUUUGUUGAGUACAAGAAUCUGUUUUGUUGGUACAAAGAAGGUCUGCAGAACAGUUUAAGAUCAGGGUAUAAACACGUCUUUCUCACACUAUGUACAAUAGUCAGGGUGACAGGCAGGCUAGUGAGAAGGAAAUAGCCUUAAGUUCAAAGGGGCUUACUCUGAAGUAGGCAUGCAUGCAAUUGAAGCUCUUGAACUAUCCCCUUAGGGUGACAGUUUUACAAUAUUUAAACCUACAACUCUUGAGUUUUGGAUAAUGUCAGGGUGGGGGCGGGCAGGUAGAGAAGUAUUAGUCAUCUUUUGAUACAUACAGAUUGUGGAUGAGUUUUUAAAAGUGAAGUCUAAUAGAAGCCUCCUUUUUUUUUUUGCAAACAAAUUGGCAAGACAGUAUUUUUGAUUGUGAAUGUUGCAACGCUGUAUAUAUCUGUGUAUUUAUAAAUUAUAUUUGCUCUGAUUAAAAGCUACAUAUGUACAGUCACUCCAGAAGGUUUACUGAAGGGAAAAAAAUAUCUUAUGCCAUGUGAAAUAAUUGUGUUUGGGUUUUUACAGCACAUUGCUCACAUGAGCCUGCAGUCUUAAUGGUCAUCUUUUGUACUGACUUUUGGCUUAUAUUUGCCUUCUAGUUUUGUGGUAUUUGUAUUUCUCAUAUUUACUGCUACCUUUAAGUUAUAGUAAAAAUUAUUUUUGAAUAACUAAA